AUGCGUCCAAUUGAUUCUAUGCUGAUAACAAAUAGAAAUGAAUCAUCAAAUUUAAUUAUUGAAAAUGUAAACCAAACAAAAUCUUCAACUAAUAUUAUUAAUCAAUCAUCUCGUCGAUCAAGUCAAUCAACAACAACAAAUACAGAUGAUGAUCAAUAUGAAGUUGUUAAUCAAUUAAUAUCAACUAAUAAUCAAAUAUCAAAUGAAAUAAAAGCCAUAUCAAGUCCUGAAAUGGUUUCAUCAGCAACAUCACUUUCAACUCAACCAUCAUCAUCAUCAUCAAGUGAUGAAGAAGAACCUCCUCAAGAACAAACAAUAUUAAAUGUUGAAAAUUCAAAUUCAUCAAUAACUCAAGAAUCUGGUCGAUUUGAAACUGUUGAAAUGACAGCUGAACAAGCAACUUUAUUAGAAGAAGCCAGUAAAACUAUUUGA